UCUGUGUGUAAGUCAUAGGCAGUGCGUGUAGUUGGGCAUGUGCUUAUUGUUACAUGCAUAUUCAGGGGCCCCUUCUUGUCACAGCCCUGUGCGCUGUAUAUUCAAUACAACGCUCAUAGACUGACAUAGAAAGUGUUUCCUUCUCCAUAGUCUCGGCUUUUCAGUCUCUCCACCCCCAGCCCCGCUCAGUGCUGCUGCGCUCCAGCCCGCGGUGAUAAUAAGAUCCCAGGACACAAAAUGGCGCACAGCUGUCGGUGGCGGUUCCCUGCUCGGCCCGGGACUGGCCGGAGGCUGGGGGCUCGUCACCGAUUAUCAGCUGUACUCCUAGACGAUUCGAGCGACUACAGAACCAACAUUUGCGCCUUUGGAAGCGUUGGCGCAAGCUCCGCAGGAACAUUGGCCCCCGGGGGCCCUGGGAACUGUUUGGGGGUUGCACCCGGAUUUGAUGCAGCGCUGCAGGUGUCGACGGCGAUUGGAAACAACCUGAGAAGAUUUAGGGACGUGUCCGGAGGAAGCAGCGGAGAGGAGGAGCAGUUUCUAGGAUUUGGCUCAGAUGAGGAGAUUAAAAGUCGCAGCCCUGCAAAAUCACCCAAAGUUCAGACAACACAAAGAAAACCUCGUGGUAGACCCCGCAAUAGUCUGUCUCGAAAUUCUGAUGCAUCAUCUAAUCUUGCCGAAAACACCAUAUCAACCCCAAAUAAACAGGAAACCAGACCUCCAGAUAAAGUAAAAAGGGUGGAGAGUAAAACAGAAGAGAAAAAACGGGGAAGACCUCCAGCACAUGGCAAUGUUAAGUUUAAACUGCCACAGGAGAAAAGGGAUGGCACUGAAUCCAUCAAAGCUACUUGUGAAGAAAAAUCAAAAAGGAAAAAACCAUCUGCCACAUUCCAGCAUGCUGCCAAAAUCAAGAAGCUCAGAGCAGGCAAACUAUCUCCUUUGAAGUCAAAGUUCAAGAGCAAUAAAUUAAAGUUGGGUACAAAUGGAGGGGUCUCCAUUGUCCGAAGACGUGGAAGACCACCAUCUUCAGAAAGAUUCAAGACUGACACACAAGGAUCAUUUGGAAAGCAGGUUCCUACAGAGAGAAAUCAACGGGGUAAUAAGGAUGUUUCACCACAGCCUUCAAAAGAAGAUACCAGAGUGUCGGUAAGGCAGAGCCCACGUAGAAUGAAGCCUGUGAGGAUAAUUCCUUCCUCCAAGAGGACAGACACUGCCAUUGCCAAGCAACUUUUGCAGAAGGCCAAAAAGGGGGCUCAAAAAAAAAUGGAGUUAGAAGCAGCAAAACUUCAAGGCUGCAAAGGUAGGACACAGUUAAAGAACAUCCGUCAGUUCAUUAUGCCUGUAGUUAGCACGGUCUCAUCCCGUAUAAUCAAGACGCCAAGAAGGUUUAUCGAGGAUGAGGACUAUGAACCUCCCAUAAAGAUCGCCCGUUUAGAAUCGGCCCCCAAUGGUAGCCGAUUUAGCACUGCCUCAUGUGGAUCUAGUGAGAAGUCAAGUGCUGCAUCUCAGCAGUCUUCACAGGCCACCUCAGAUGACUCUCGCUCUAGUAGUCCUAGUGUAGACACCUCAACAGAGUCUCAAGCCUCAGAGGAGACGCCAGUUGUGUCUGAGCCACAAGGACGAGUUGCUGAGACCAUUACAUCAGUUCCAACCCAACAACAACCCCUAGAAAGCAAUUGUGUAAGGAGCCGAAGGUUACCCGUUUGCAAUAAGAACUUUAGUUCCAGGCCUGCUAAGAAGAUCAUUUUACGUCCAUCUUUUCAGCAAACUGCCUCUGUUUCUCCACCUCCCCCGCUACUAAGUCCACCCACACCUCUACAGCCUUCUGCCAGCCUCCCUGAUCACACACCUUGGUUAAUGCCUGCUAUUCCUGUGGCUACACCUUUUAUCUCUGCCUCACGUAUGCAUGAGAAACGAAGGUCUAUAUUACGGGAACCAACUUUCCGCUGGACUUCCCUAAAACAUUCCAGACUAGAGUCUCAGUACUUUUCUUCUGCUAAAUACGCCAAAGAAGGGCUCAUAAGGAAACCAAUCUUUGACAAUUUCAGACCACCUCCUCUAACUCCAGAGGAUGUAGGAUUAGCUACUGCAUCAGGAUUCCCUUCACAUUCUGUUGUGGGACCCGGAAGACUUUUUUCCCAUAUCCAUUCUUCAGGUGCUAGGUUUGAUGUGCACAAAAGAAGCCCACUGCUUCGUGCACCCAGGUUCACUCCUAGUGAAGCACAUUCUCGCAUCUUUGAAUCUGUCACCCUUCCACCAUCUGCUGGUCGCUCCAGCGGGACAGCUUCCAUGAUGGGCAUUUCUCGGAGAAGUAAAAGGAGGGUGUUCAAUCCCAUCCGCAGCUCUGAGCCUAAAUCACCAUCUCACUCCAUGAGGACGCGAAGCAGGAGAGUAAGCAACAGCAGUUUGUCUGUGCUUACUUCACCCUCGUCCACGUCACUUACAGACAUAUCAGUUAGUCCCCUUGCCGCCAGUGCCUUAAACCCUAGUUUCCCUUUCUCUUCCUCUUCAGUGACUCCAGCAUCUGUAGAUAUUGCAGAGAAAAUUCAGAAACAGCGAAAACCAACCAGCACUCCUGCAGAACAUUUCUCUUCUUCACCCAGUGGCUCUCCAGCCCUCUUCCCUUGGUUCCCUUCAAGUGUACAGAUGGAGAGAGGAAAAAGUAAAAACAGGGGAUCGGUGGAAGCUUCCAAAGAAAGGGAAGUUGAGAAAAACAGGGAGAAAGACCGUGAGAAAGAAAAUUCCCGUGAUUCUAGGAGGGAUAAACGAAAAAAGACCUCUGACUCUGUGUGUAAAAUAAGCAGCGAGAGAAAUGAUGAAGAAGGAAUCAUGACUGCAACCCAGAUUAAAAUGUCAGGAAGAAAGAAGCCUGCCACAGUGGAAUCCAACAUAGACAUUUCCCCAGCCUCAGUCCAUACUGAUCAAAUGCCUGCUAAAAACAAGAUAUCCAAAAAGGGCAGAGCUGUAUCUGAAAAGCCCGAGCUGGAAAUCUGUGCCAAAUCUCCAACAGCAGAGACUCAAGCACAGCUCCCUGCCCAACCUGUGAGUAAUCAAAAGCCGCCCUCUACAUCUAUUAGCUCUAUGCUGGCUCAAGCAGACAAAUUUCCUGUCUCUGACAAACAUGUGGCUGCUCUUCUGAGAAAGGCAAAAGCCCAACUGUGUAAGAUUGAGAAGAGCAAGUUCCUGAAACAAACAGAUCAACCCAAGGCUCAGGGCCAAGAAAGUGACUCUUCUGAGGCAUCGGUUCGCGGUCCAAGGAUAAAACAUGUUUGUCGCCGAGCUGCCGUGGCCUUGGGGCGCAAAAGGGCGGUUUUUCCAGAUGACAUGCCCACAUUGAGUGCCUUACCUUGGGAGGAGAGAGAGAAGGUCCUGUCUUCCAUGGGAAAUGAUGACAAGUCCUCCAUUGCUGGAUCAGAAGAUGCUGAUCAGCCAGCUCCGCCACUCAAACCUAUAAAACAAAUCACACGCAACAAGGCACAGCAAGAGCCUCCUGUGAAAAAGGGACGCAGAUCUCGACGUUGUGGACAGUGUCCAGGCUGCCAGGUUCCUGAUGACUGUGGCAUAUGUACUAACUGUCUUGAUAAACCUAAAUUUGGUGGAAGGAACAUAAAAAAACAGUGUUGCAAGAUGAGAAAAUGCCAGAACUUGCAGUGGAUGCCAUCUAAGGCUUAUCUUCAGAAGCAAGCUAAAGCUGCAAAGAAGAAAGAAAGGAAAUGCAAGGUGACUGAAAAGAAAGAGUUGCCACCUAUUAAGAGCCCUCCAGAACUAAAACCCGCCUCUGCCCUUGGCACCAGUUCUCCCUCUGUACAAGAAGAACCUUCAACCCCAUCUCUGCUUCAAAAAAAGAAUGAGCCUCCUAGGAAACAGACUGAGGAUAAAGUAGAAGAGCAGAUACCUGCCGCUUCCACAAGCGAAACCAAGCAAUCCCCAAAUUCCCGUAAAUCCACCAAGCAGCCUGCUUCACAGCCUUCCACUAACCCUUUACUGGUCCCAUCAACCUCCACACCACCUGCAAAAAAAGAUGCUCCAAAGCAAGUUCCUCCUGAAUCUAGGAAAAAGCAGCCUCCAGUGCUCCCAGAAAAUACCUCAACUGAACAGAACAAACAGAAAAAGCUGGCAAUGAGGCUUGGGGCUCUGCUGAAAUCUAAAGGCAAGGAGAAGGACAAACCUCAAACUCCCAGCAAGCCUGAAGUCAGUUUUAACCUCCUGAACACUUCAUGUAAUGGUGGAACCACCAAACAGAAACCUCCUUCUGAUGGGGUACAUAGAAUUUGUGUAGAUUUUAAGCACGAUUUUGAAGUAGAGAACGUAUGGGACAUGGGAGGCAUCAACCUGCUAACAACUGCACCUGUCACACCACGUGUCGUCUGCUUUCUCUGUGCUAGCAGUGGGCAUGUUGAGUUUGUUUAUUGCCAGGUGUGCUGUGAACCAUUUCACCGCUUCUGCCUAGAGGAGAGAGAGAGACCUUCUGAAGACCAGCUUGAAAAUUGGUGUUGUCGUCAUUGCAAGUUCUGUCAUGUAUGUGGGAGACAGCAGCAGGCUACCAAGCAGUUACUGGAGUGUAACAAGUGCCGCAACAGCUACCAUCCAGAGUGCCUCGGACCAAAUUACCCAACCAAACCCACCAAGAAGAAGAGAGUGUGGAUUUGCACUAAAUGUGUGAGAUGUAAGAGCUGUGGUUCCACUACACCUGGGAAGGGAUGGGAUGCACAAUGGUCACAUGAUUUCUCCCUGUGCCAUGACUGUGCCAAACUUUUUGCCAAGGGAAACUUCUGCCCUUUGUGUAACAAGUGUUAUGAUGAUGAUGAUUAUGAAAGCAAGAUGAUGCAGUGUGGGAAGUGUGAUCGCUGGGUGCAUUCCAAAUGUGAGAACCUCACAGAUGAAAUGUAUGAGAUUCUCUCAAAUCUUCCGGAAAGUGUGGCCUACACUUGUAUAAACUGUACAGAGCGGCACCCUGCUGAGUGGAGGAUGGCACUGACAAAUGAACUUCAGGCCUCUCUCAAAUAUGUACUUACAGCUGUUCUGAAUUCCCGUACCUCCAGCCACCUGCUGCGCUAUCGGCAGGCAGCAAAACCUCCUGAUUUAAAUCCAGAACCAAAUGAGAAUAUGCCAUCCCGUAUCUCCUCUGAAGGGCCAGAUCCUCCUGUUCUGACUCAGGUCGGCAAGCAAGAUGAGCAGCCACCUCUCGAUCUGGAGGGGGUGAAAAAGAAAAUGGACAACAACAAUUACACAUCAGUGCUGGAGAUGAGUGAUGACAUUGUGAGAAUAAUCCAGGCUGCUAUGAAUGCAGAUGGGGGCCAGCCAGAGCUGAAGAAGGCCAACAGUAUGGUGAAAUCCUUCUUUACAAGGCAAAUGGAGCGUGUUUUUCCAUGGUUUAGUGUAAAGAAGUCCAGGUUUUGGGAACCUAACAAAGUUACCAGCAACAGCAGCAUGUUGCCCAAUGCAGUGCUUCCUCCAUCUCUGGACCACAACUAUGCUCAGUGGCAGGAAAGGGAAAACAGGUUGGCGAUGCAGCCAGUGCUGAUGAAGAAAAUAAUACCUGCUCCAAAACCUAGAUCUCCAGGAGACCCAGAGUCUCCACAUCCAAUACAACCAUCAACCCCACCAGCACGAAGUGAAUUUCCACAUGCUGAUCUCUUUGUGGUUUGUCUUCCUGCAGCCACAGAGCAUAACAGGGAGGAGAGUCCAGAACUUCCUCCUCCACCAGGGUUGGAAGAUAACCGUCAGUGUGCUUUGUGCUUGAAGUAUGGUGAUGACAAUGCCAAUGAUGCUGGUCGACUGCUUUAUUUAGGACAAGAUGAGUGGACACAUGUAAACUGCGCCUUGUGGUCAGCAGAGGUAUUUGAAGAUGAUGAUGGCUCCCUUAAAAAUGUUCACAUGGCUGUAAUCAGAGGCAAACAGCUGCGUUGUGAACUGUGCUUAAAGUUGGGUGCCACAGUUGGAUGCUGCCUAACUUCUUGUACUAGCAACUACCAUUUUAUGUGUGCACGUAAAAAGAACUGUGUAUUCUUAGAAGACAAAAAGGUUUACUGUCAGAAACACAAGGAUUUAAUUAAAGGAGAGAUUGUUUCGGAUAAUGGCUUUGAGGUCCUAAGAAGGGUUUUUGUUGAUUUUGAAGGGAUCACCCUACGCAGAAAGUAUCUAAAUGGAUUGGAACCAGAGAAUAUUCACAUAAUGAUUGGUUCCAUGACCAUUGACUGCCUUGGAAUCCUGACUGAUCUCUCAGACUGUGAGGAGAAACUUUUCCCCAUUGGAUAUCAGUGUUCACGUGUGUACUGGAGUACGACAGAUGCACGUAAGCGAUGUGUGUAUACGUGCAAGAUACUUGAGUGUCGCCCUCCACCUGCUGAUCCGGAUAUUAAUAGCACAGUACAACAUGAAGAGAACCGCACAAUUGCACACAGCCCCCCAAGCAUCCCUAGUGAUUUACAAGAAAAUCAGAACUCAGAUGGUAUAAAAUGUAUAGAGACCCUUUGCCUCCCAUCUCCGGAUUCAGUCAGCGCCUCCUCAGUUUCCAAACCUUGGGAAGUGGCACGACCUCCUGGAUGUAGAACCCAUAUAUCACGCCAUUCCCAAUCACAAAGAUCACCUGGUUCUCGACCUCUGCCAUCAGCUGGAAGUCCGUCUCCAGUUACACAUGAGAUUGUGACUGUUGGGGAUCCGCUUCUAUCUUCUGGCCUACGCAGAAUUGGUUCAAGAAGGCAUAGUUCCUCCUCUUUGUCUCCCCAGCAACAUAAAAAGCUCUUUACCCCGCAUCCACAGACUGACUCAUCUAGAUUUGGCCAGGCCCUGCAAGGUAUCACUGUAAACACUCUUGAAAGCAGUGGAAAUGGAGACCCUGUGUGUGUGGGGACAUCUAUGCUAUCAAGUAAGAGUAUUUCUUCCCCUAACAUUGGCCAAAAAAUCAAUGAAUGCAAACUGGAGAAGACACCAGAAGCAAGAUGUGCUGGUCACCUUGAAACCCUUUCAAAAGUCUCAACCCCCAAAACAGAUAAGGUAAAAUUAGUUAGUCCCAGAAUUGCUGAUCUAUCCACUCAACAUCCAAACACCAAAGUUCCCUCUCAAGUGCAGGAGAUGACAACAGAUACUAGCAAAAACAGAGCUGGACAUCUUAAGGACAAUUCUGUCGCACUUCUAAACUUUAAAUCAUCACCUAAUCUACAGCACCAAAAAGUAAUAAGAAGAGAUAAUCAUCAGGCAGUCCUAACACAAAGUGACACACCUUCAUUGGAAAAGGGAAAAAAUUCACAAAUUCAAGCAAGCAAUCAUGGGAUCUCAGUCCACAAAGAUAAAAUAGUUAAAUCCAAGAGGUCUCUGAUAGACAAUUCAAAAGAGAAACUUUCAUUUAAACCCCUUUCUGACAAUGAGCAUGCAUCAGAUAAUAGACAGAAUGAACCAGACACUAAUGGCAAUCACAUCAUAUCUGACACACACACACUGAAAAAACCUAAAGACAAUGGUAUAUCUUCUACAGGCAGCUCACAAUCAGAGGAGCCUAGUCCUGGGAAGCUAGUUCAGAUAAAAAACGUAACCGACGGUGUAUGUGAUAUAGAAACUGAGAAACAAACUUCAAACUCUGCUAAUCAGUCUGCAGAAUCGACUGACAGUGAAAAACAAAAGUGUGCUUCUGAUGGCACAGGAGAUGUGCCAAUAAGCCAAACAAACUUAAAUGCAGACUCUGAACCCCAAACUGGCAGUGCAUACCCUAUUCAGGAAUCCACUCUGGUCCACCAAGAUGGAAGCAAAACUCAGGAGGAUGGCUCUUAUAAAAGGAGAUAUCCAAGAAGGAGUGCCAGGGCACGAUCAAACAUGUUCUUUGGACUUACCCCACUCUAUGGAGUGCGUUCUUAUGGUGAGGAAGACCUGCCUUUUUGUAGUAGCACACCUGGAAAAAAACGAGGGAAGAGGGCAGCUGAAGGGCAGGUAGAUGGUGCAGAUGACAUAAGCACAUCUGAUGAUGAGGAUGUAUAUUACUAUAACUUUUCUAGAACAGUGGUAACUCCUGGAGAUGAAAGAUUGGGUAUUCACAGCCUGUUUAGACCAGAUGAUCAGAGAGAUCUUCACAAGAUUCCACAGCUUGAUGGAGUUGAUGAUGAAGCAGAGAGUGAUAGAAGUGUAAAUGUCACAAAAUCCAAUCAAGCAGGCAAAAGAAGUGGCAAACAAAAUGGAGCAGAGAAACUGCAAACACCAGAGGGGCAUUUAGAAAAAUCUCAUGUAGGCAAGGGUCAAAAGUCAUCUGAGCCAAAACUAGAAAACUGUCACCCAGUAAAGCAGGAUACCCUUGAAGCACAGCUGUCCUUAGAUACUCCGCGUAGGGGCCAUAGUGGAGCUGAAAAGAAUUUGUUGGAUACUUUUAACUCUGACCUACUUAAAUCUGACUCUGAUAAUAACAACAGUGAUGACUGUGGAAACAUACUACCCAGUGAUAUCAUGGAUUUUGUGUUAAAAAAUACACCAUCCAUGCAAGCUCUUGGGGAGAGUCCAGAAUCAUCUUCAUCUGAGCUUCUGACAUUAGGGGAUGGUUUGGGCCUGGACAGUAACCGUGGCAAAGAAAUGGGCUUGUUUGAAGUUUUCUCCCAGCAACUGCCCACAUCAGAGCCAGUUGAUGAUGCUGUUUCAACCACAAUAUCAGAAGAAGAGCAGUUUGAGCUACCACUAGAGCUGCCUUCUGAUCUUUCAGUAUUAACUACUCGAAGUCCAGCUCUUCCUAGCCAGAACCAUAGCAGACUUGAAGUCAUAACUGAUUCUCAGCUGUCCUCUACUGGUGAAAGAUCUCUUUUGGCUAUUUCUACAUCUUCAGACACAAUGGAGAAAAGAGUGACAGUCACAGAGAAGUCUGGAACCCCUGGUGAUGGGGAUUCUUCCCUUUUGGGUCAAAAUGUGGACAGGGCCUCUGAAGGACACAUAACCCCAGAUAGGUUCAUCUCAGGGCAUAUAGAUCAAGAGCAUAUUUCCAGUCCAACUUGUGGACAGGUCGACCAUGCAGGAAGUCAAGAAAGAGCACGGAAUAGUAGUACCCCAAAUCUUCAAGUUUCAGUUUCCCCAUCUGUGUCAAUUCAAAACCAGAAAUAUAUGCCCAGCUCAUCAGAAAGCCCAGGGACAUCACAAAUUCCUAGCAUCAAUACCAUUCAAAGUACACCUCAGCACCUUAAAUCCCCAGCUGAAAAACUUGUUGUAGUAAAUCAGAAUAUGCAGCCUCUCUAUGUCUUGCAAACAUUGCCUAACGGAGUAACUCAAAAAAUACAAAUUGCCCCCACUGUAUCAACAGGCAGCAGCAGAACAGAGGGAGAGGUGCCUGUUCUGAGUCCAAUGGGUGGAGGACUCACUUUGGCGACAGCCCUGAAUCCUAACCUUACUUCGUCUUUUCCUUCUGCCAGCAAAGGCCUCCUUCCAAUGUCUCACCAUGCACACCUUCAACCUUUCUCUGGUGGCCCCCAAACUACAUUCCUGCCUAACCUCAACAACCAGCCAUCUGGUCUUCUUAUCGGUGUGCAACCAUCCAGUGAACCGUCCCUUCUAGUUUCAGAAGCAGGACAGAGAUCAGAUGUUGGAAGUACUUCCAACACAUCUGCUCCUGGCAUGAAUAAGAAAAGGCAGAUCACUCGCUUGCAAACCCGAAAGACCAAAAAGCUAGCACCUUCUGUAUCUCCAGCAUCCAGACAUGCCCCAGAUGUUGUUUCCAAUAUGACUCUUAUAAACUUUGCUCCUUCUCAGAUUACAGGAGCAUUAACUAGUCACACAGGAUUGAUUGACUUGGGCACCAUAGGAAAUACUGCUCCACAUCGAAAUAUUCCCAGCAUCAUUAAAACCUCUAAAUCUGGGGUGAUGUAUUUUGACCAGACUCCACUCCUCCCGCAGAGUGUUGGUACCUCAAGUUCUAUGGGUACUGCACCCAGUGUCAUUGGUUUGGAUACAGGUCACCUAUCUGGACAGGUCACAGGCCUAGCCACUGGAUCUCCUGUUCUAAAUGUUGUAUCCAUGCAACCAGCUUCUGCUGCUACUCCAGUUUCAGGUCAUGUCACUUUAACUAGUCCAGGGAUUCUCAAUCCGUCAGAGUUGAACUCAAUAAGUAAUUUUCUCAUUAAAACAAGUCCACAGAGUUUGGGUAUCCAAGAUAAUCAUGUCACUCUUCCCUCCGGACCAGGAAUGUUUUCUCAGUGUUCUACAUCAGCAACAAUAGCUACCACCUCCAGUUUAUGUGUGGUACCUAGUUCUCAGUCUGUUGGCAUUACUCUUUCCCAACCUGUUAAUGAUCCAGAUUGUCAUUACCCACUUUCCCAUCACAUGAAUAGGCUUCUUAAUAGCAGACCGCAAAUGCUUCCUGAACCGUCAAGUGAAACGAAUUCCAGGUCUCCGGCACUGCAGUUAUUAACAGAAUCUGACGCAAAAUUAACAGUGCCCACUUCUGCUCUUGGACUGCAAAGAAAUCCAGUACCGCAGAAAACAAAGAGCAAAGCCAAGAGGCAAACUACUCCAACUGACAAGACAAGCAGAAAAAAACAGAAGACUUUGCAUCUCACUCGUAACCCUACCACAGUUCGAGAAUCUGAAAGGGAUGAAAAGCCAGCGGCAACAGAUCACAUAGGCACCCACGUGGAAAAAGUGGAUACUGCUGAACUAAUGGUACCAUCCACCAGAAACACUACUGAGCCCACACUGCCUUCUGGACCAUUACCAGUAAUUUCAGACCCGGAGCCCCUUGUAAAGGAUCCGUGUCAUCGAGACCCAAAACAUGAUGAUUCCAAGCAACGAGAAGAAGACACAGGGUUCAGCUCACCUCUAAUGAGACUACUGCAGCAAGAGAGAAACCGUCAAGGCUCCCCUAAAGAGGCAAAACCCAAGACCGGACUUUUGUUUGAGAUAUCCAGUGAUGAUGGCUUUCUGAUUUCUGCAGGCAGCAUCGAAGAGGCCUGGAAAUCACUGACCGAGAAAGUGCAGGAAGCACGAUCUAACGCCCGAUUGAAGCAAUUGUCUUUUGCAGGUGUUAGUGGACUGAGGAUGCUUGGAAUCAUACAUGAUGCAGUUGUAUUUCUGGUAGAGCAGUUGUACGGAGCAAACAGGUGUCGCAACUACAAAUUCCGCUUUCACCGGCCAGAAGGCGAAGAGGAGCCGCCAAUUAAUCCGCAUGGGUCAGCUCGAGCAGAGCUUCACCGAAGGAAAUCCACUUUUGACAUGUUUAACUUCUUAGCAUCCAAGCAUCGUCAGCCACCAGAGUACAAACCAAAUGAUGAGGAAGAAGAGGAAGUACAGCUUAAGUCUGCUCGGAGAGCCACCAGCAUGGAUCUGCCAAUGCCUAUGAGAUUCCGCCAUCUUAAAAAGACCUCAAAAGAGGCUGUGGGGGUUUACAGGUCUCCAAUACAUGGUCGGGGGCUAUUCUGCAAGAGGAACAUUGAUGCUGGGGAGAUGGUGAUUGAAUACUCUGGAAAUGUAAUUCGCUCAAUCUUGACUGACAAAAGAGAGAAAUAUUAUGAUGGAAAGGGCAUUGGUUGCUACAUGUUCCGUAUCGACGAUUCUGAGGUGGUCGAUGCCACAAUGCAUGGAAACGCAGCUCGCUUUAUCAACCACUCUUGUGAGCCCAACUGCUACUCUAGAGUCAUCCCUAUCGAUGGUCAGAAGCACAUUGUCAUCUUUGCCAUGCGAAAAAUUUACAGAGGGGAGGAGCUUACUUAUGACUAUAAGUUUCCCAUUGAGGAUGCAAACAACAAGUUGGCCUGUAACUGCGGGACCAAGAAAUGUCGCAAGUUCCUGAACUAACUACAGUUCUUCUGUCACCUAAAUUAAGUACAAAGUAGGCAUUUGCUCUGUUACUUACACAGGUCUGGCCUGUUUCUUUUUAAAUAAGCAGUCCGUACCUUCACUGCUUCAGUGGCCAUGAAUGCAACGCUACUCUGUCUACUUCUAAAUAACACACAGUGCUGUAUAGUGAUGCUGAGUAUAUUUAUACACUCAUAGGGAGCAUGCUGUGCUGUAUAAUUAUGCAGAGUAUUCCUGUACAUCAUUUUGCUGUCCUUUGGCAGUGAAGAACAUCUGAGUUUAUUUUCUAUUUUAAUCUAUUUUUGUAUGUACCUUACAUUGCAUGGCACUGCUGGGACUCAUAGCUGUGAAUACGACCUACAGAAAUGUGCUCAUAAUACAGAUGUGGGGGUUUUGACUCAUAAAUUGGUAAAGAAGCCUUUUUAUGUUCUGUCUCCUGCUCCUACCCCCACAUAUUUUAGGAACAACAGGAGAUAAUGGAUAUAGGGCUUAGGCAUCUAUAGUUGUAGGUGUCUGUACACAGUGGGCUUCUGAAAUGUUGCCAGUCAUUGGCAUGAUUUGGUUGGAACCAAGUCAUGGUGAGUUGCAAGAGACCUUUCUCCUACAGUCUUGUGGAGACUGCAUUGUUCUGCUCCUGGAGAAAAGGUUGUUCUCAAAAUGAACUGCAAACUGGCAAUGCAGAGGAAACAAAGUUUUACUUGCUUUGUGACCAGUGACCAUUCACUCCAGGGUCCUUCUAUAUACCUCUUCCCCUCCACUGAGGUAUGCUCCUCCUGUGCUAAGCAGGCAGUGGCAGUAUAUGCACUGACCAACAAGGUAGUUUUAGAAAUCUUCAGGGACUUGUGUCUCUUAUUUUUAUUGGAGGUUAAUUAUACAAGCAUGCAGGGGGGUAUUCAGAAAUAUUCACAUUUUCUUGCAGUUAGUAUUAUUAAGGCACUUAAGGGGUGGGCUACCCUAAGGGCAUUAAAGCAGAUGCCUAUAAUUCGUCAAGUUGGCUUGCCUGGAUUUCCAGUACAAGGGAUGAACAAAAUUCCAGACCCUCAUCAUAAUGAAUAAAUAGGAGGCUUACACUCCAUCCUAAAAGUCUGUAAACAACCCAAGGCAAUAUUAAUGUUCAUUCCUUGUUCAUUUUGAAUUUCUUUCUUUAAAAACAUGCAUUGUAACUGUGUCUUACGAUUCUCUCUUAGCGAAUACAGAACAGGAAUUGAAGUGACACGUGAGAGAAAUUAGGGAUAAAAAAUGACUUCAGCAGGAAACUUGUAUCAUAUGUUAGAGAGUUGCAAAUCAUGCAAUACCGAAUUGUUCAUUCUCCUGGAAGGGGCACAAGAGAUAAUGUUUACUGUGGUGGGGUUCUUAAUACUACACAGUGCUUCAUUUCUCCCCACAGUGCAGAGCCCUAAUAUCUUGGAUCAUCCAAUCCAAUCCCUCCCUGGUGUAUCUGACCAAGGAGAGCAGGUUUAAAUUCCUUCAACACAAGCCCACUCAUGUGAGAUCCACCUUCCACUUUCUGUGAGAUAUUCUUCACCUCCCAUGUUCCGUUUACAUGUUCUGUGUUUUUUCGUAAUAUUUAAAAAAAAAAAGGAAUUUUUUUUACAAAAUGUAUAUAGACUCUAUUUUUCUAUUGGAAGCACUUAUUAGUAAAGGAAGCACUUAAAGUGGGGAGGGCAAGGACUGAAAAGAAUUUUGGUUCUUAAGGUUUAUUUUUGAAAAGGUAACAGAUUUUUUCUUUAACCUGUAAAAUCUUAUUUUAUCACAGGCUGCUGCGGAAGAGAUAUUUUGGUUAGUAUCUGAGUCUUUGCUUUGCCUCUCAUUCCUCUCCCUUUGUUUUACAUUGGGCACUCGCAGAACUGUAGAAUUAGAAGCAAAUUUUAUAAUUAAGUGGGAUAAACACUGUGCCAUAAACCUGUUCAUGGCAUUUCAUUUUUAUGCAAAGAUUAUGGGUUGAUUUGCAUUCAGCAAAUGUUGCUUAUUGCUGACUGUAUGGAAUGAAAGCUCUUGUAGACAGGAAUAAUGUACUAAAAUGCAUCUUGGGCCGAAAUGUGUUCUACCCAUAGUUUUAACUAAUUAUCUUUUAUUCAUUAGUGAAGAGCAGGAACUCUCCAGGAGUUUCUCCCUCAUUCUCUAUGUUGGGCCUUAAUAAAGAAAUUCUAUAUACAGAGGGGAAUGAAUGGGCAAAUCCUUCUCUUCCCCAGUAACUCUACCGGCUUCAGUGGGGAGGAGGGAGUUUCUCCAGGAACAGUGUUUAAUAACAGACAAGAUAAUUAAUGACUUUCCCUUGGACUGACGCUGAAAUGAGGUGUCUGCUGUCCCUUCAUAGUUCUUAUCCUUACUUGACAAGUUUGUUUUCA